CAUAGACUAAGACUAGACAGUGACACUGACAAUGACGUGACAGUUCUUACAACAAAAACAACAUGAAGCGAUGAGACAACAUUAUUUGCAAAAAUUCUGCCGUUAUAAUGGCUGGAGAUCCACUAUACGGGUGGGACCUAACAUUUAAGACUGUUGAAAAAGAUAUCAAAAAGAAAUCUGAUGUCCUUGUCGCAUUUAUUCAUUGGAAUCUGACAAAAAGAGGUUUUCGCACAAUUGGUAUUGGAGAUGAGCGCACAUUAACCGGCGAUGAAGAAAAAAGUGAACUGUUGCCAACAGGAUGGAAUGAUAAUGAGAACUACACUUUGAGAUACGUCUUAGAAGACAAGCUGUACAUCUUACAUGGACUCAACACUGACGGAAAUUUGAUCAUUAAUUUAAUGAGAUCUGAAGAUUUACAAGUGACAAACAUUGCUGUAAAAACUGAAGAUGUAGUAAAAGAACUCAGUGGACCAGUGAACAAGAUGAUGCCAGACCACAAGGAUUUGAUGUUUAACAUUAAAAGGGAUCUCAUUGAUACCAUUACAUCAAAAGCAACAACCUCAUCCGAAACUCAAACUACUACAACUAGAGUUGAAUCAAACAAUAGGAUGCCACCAGACGACCCACUGAGAAUCCCCAGGCCUCAACCCAAUGUUCAGCCUGACACUCAUCCAUGGGAUAUGCCUCCAUCUCCCCUCCGCAAUUUGGGCCGGUCUGAUUUGGAUCCCUUCGCACCUGGCGCUGGAGGGAUGUUGUUCAACCCCUUUGGACCCAAUAGACUGCCUGACGACCCCGGUAUGGGCAUCCCUGGAGGGUUACCCAGGGGUGCCGUGCCGCCCGGGGCCCGCUUCGACCCGUUCGGGCCCCCGGGCGCCGGCCCGCGCCCCGGCCGACGCGCGCCUCCGCCGGACGCUGACCAUCUCCCACCCCCAGGAUUUAAUGACCACAUGUUUAUGUAGCCAUUCAGAAUGGUCGUCAUUUAACUUGUAAUUUCGAAAGAAAUACAAUAAAGUUUAUAACUGUUCUAA